UUUACUUAAUUCCAUUAUUUAUUCAUUUUUAACCUGCCUCUCGUAUUUCCUCACUGCAAGAUGAUGAGAUGGCGCUUCCUCUGUUUCCUCGGUUUGUGUUGUGCUUUUCUUUAUAAUGGGGUGGGGUGGAGGGUUGGGGGUUAUUGUGUGAAGCACUUAGUGUUACAUUCUAUUUGUAUAAAAAGUGUUCUACAAAUAAAGUCUGACUGAUUGAUUGAUAUAAAUGCUUUCAUAUCCCAUACUUACAUACAUAGGAAGCUGUAACACCCACACAGACUCCAAAUAUCUCUGAGUUUCAUCUGUCGUGUGUUGUAGAUGAUGAUAUUUUUGAUAAUGAUUGCAAAAUGUCUUUUACUUUUAAUACACUACAGCGAAAUGAACAACCCAUUCAAAAGCAGUCAGAACACAGCCUGCAUCACAACUAUCAUUAACUGGCAGGAGCUGGCAGAUUAGCACCAUGAACACAAAAGGCAAAGUCUCGUUAUCGAUAUCAGCAGAUACCGAAAUGCUAAAAAAAAGAAAGAAAAAAAAAGACUGACUACAGUCAAAACAGCAUGGUGAUCGAUUCAGCCUUUAGAAAGGAAACAUGAAUUCACAUGAACAUGAAUUUCUGUUGGCUGAUAGAAACACACCACAUCUUUGUCUCUCUGUAUACACAACAUCUUUCCCACAUGGCAAUGGGGUUCUGUGUGUUUCAGUGGCUAUUUUGUAAACACACAGGGCCAUAACAUAGAAUUAGAGUCACUUAACUUUCUAGUCCACAGAUAACAAACAUGGAGCGAACAAGUAGUAUUAGGAGAAAAGCUGUGGCCAGACAACAUAAAGGAGAAGUCAUGAUUGCUGGAGAACAACUCAGGUUGAGGCUUCAUAAUGGAAAACUGAUCAAGGACAGACGCUACCACCUGCGCACGUAUCCCAACUGCUUUGUAGCACAGGAACUUAUAGACUGGCUUGUGAGCCACAAGGAAGUUCCAGAUCGAGCAAUCGCUGUCUGCCUCCUGCAACACCUCAUUGAUCAUGACAUCAUUCACCACGUCUGUGAUAAGAGGACAGUAUUCAAGGAUGCCAAACUGCUGUACCGUUUCCGCAAGGAUGACGGCACAUUUCCCUUCAACAGAGAGGUGAAAAUCUUCAUGCGAGGACAACGGCUGUAUGAACAUCUCAUAGGUGAGAAGAACUCCAUCCUGCAGCUAAGAGAGGAGCAUGGUGUUGCAUACCAGUGCUCUUUUCCUGGUUGCCAACUGAUUGACUGGCUCCUUCAAAACGGAGAGGCAGAGAGCCGGCGUCACGGACUGGAACUGUGCCGCGCAUUGCAGGAGCAUGGCAUCAUUCAGCAUGUGGCAAAGAAGCAUGACUUCUUUGACAGCGGACUGCUCUACAAGUUCUACGUCAAUUUUCGCCGCCGCCGCCGUCUAUCUGAGCUCUUGAAUGAAGGUGACCAAGAUGAUGACCAAGGUGUGGUAGUGUCGACUCAAGAGGACAACCAUCCUGAUAGUCCAUUUGUUCUGCGCAAAGGCCGACCUCGGGAAGGCAACGGUGCUUUUCAGUCUGUGGAGUCGAGCAAAGACCUGAAACAGGUUGCCAGUGGGCGUCGAGGCAGCUUAAAUUCCCUUCAGCUUGUCUCAGCUGGUUUUCCGCCUUUUGUCCAGCUGUCUACAACGUCAGUGGUGAGGUGCAAUCCUAAAUCAGUACUCAGAAGAAAUUUUACAUGUGACGAGCUACUGGCACCUGGUGCACCCUUCAUCAAGAAAGUGUUGACGGUGAUAGGAGACGCCCUGGGCUGGGGCUUUGUCGUCAGAGGUAUGGCUCCCUGUUAUGUGCAGGCUGUCGACCCCGGAAGCCCGGCAGCAGCUGCUGGAAUUAAGGCACGACAGUUUGUGUGCCAGGUGAACGGACAGUGUGUUCUCUACCUGGACUACAGGACAGUCACCAGACUGGUGAUGACAGGAACUCGCACUGUUGUACUGGAAGUUAUGGAACCACUGGAAUGAGAAGAACAGCUGGUUUCAAGUCUAGGUCUUAAAAUACAACAAAUACAAAAUGAAAUAUAGAGUGUUAUAGAUUAGUAUGGGCAGAUUUCAUGUGGGGCAAUCAAUCAAUAAAAAUGCUGCAAGAAUAAGUCAGGGUUGCUGUAUUCAUGAACCUAAAUAAAACAAUAAAUGU